AUGAAUUCCGUGGAUGCUUCGGAGCAUUAUGAGUUAGGAGCUCCCGUCAUCGACACAAACCCACACGCCUGGGCCGUCCUCGAAGACUCCCUCCCACUCUCCAAAGCAAUCGCCAACAUCCUAGUCUUCAUCAACGCCCACCUAGCCUGCAACUAUGCCAACGAAGUCGCCGUAGUCGCAUCGCACAGCCAAAAAGCAGCAUGGCUCUACCCCUCCCACAGCGAACCCCGAUACCGCCCCGCCGAUCAUGACGGCGAUGUCACAAUGAACGGCACAAGCGACACCACAACCCCGAAAACAAACAAAUACCGCCCCUUCCGCAUCGUCGAAGAACAAGUCACCCGCAACCUCAAAGAACUAAUGGACUCGACGACGGGCGACGAUUUGCGCGGCAACAUGUCCACGAUGCUAGCGGGCGCGCUAACCCUCGCCCUGAGCCACAUCAACCGACGCACACUCGCCUGGGCAGAGGAACACGGCGGCGCCAACACCGAAGACGCAGCGGCCGAUGGCAACGGGGGCGGGACGACUUCCACGAACCGAUACUCGGCCUCGAACGAGGACGAACGGCUGCAGAGCCGCAUCUUGGUCGUUUCCGUGAGUGGGUCUACCGACGCUGCGCACCAGUAUAUCCCUGUCAUGAACAGCAUCUUCGCCUGCCAGCGCUUGAGCAUCCCCAUCGAUGUGUGCCUGCUGCAGUACCUUAUGAUGGCGUUUUUGCCGGAUCAGCGAUCGCGUCGCCAUUUGGUUCUUCCCACGCGGGUGGAUGUCGAUUUCCGGGCUGCUUGCUUUUGUCAUCGCCGGGUGGUUGAUGUUGGCUUCGUGUGCUCCAUUUGUCUCAGUAUCUUCUGCGAGCCGCCCCCUGGUGGUGACUGCAUGACUUGUGGUUCGCAUCUGGAUAUCAGGGAUAAUGCCAAGCCUGCUCUGUUGCCGAGGAAAAAGAAGAAGAAGAAGCGUGUUAACGGGGCAUCCGGAGCUGGGACGCCCAUGUCGACACCUACGCCUGGUCCUUGA